AAAUGGCGUCGGAGCUCGACACCGGUAAAAACCCUAGAACAUGGCGAUUCACUUGGGAAGCUCAAUCUCAUGUCCCAUCACUCAAGCUUUUCCUCUUCAAUCUUGAAGGCGAAUCCUGUCUUCAGUUCAAGAACUUGAAGGUCGACUUGUUACUUGAACAAUCCCUACUGACAGUGUGCUGGUUCGAAGGCGAUGAAGUUUCGAUUAAGUAUUCAGUUCCCAUUCCUAAAGUUCUUAUUGACACCGAAUAUCCGUUUCAUGUCAAGGCAAUGGACGACCACAUUGAGGUUAGGCUUGUUCUGCUCCUUCCCGUUGAUGACCCAAUUCUUACCAAAUUCGAGUAUGGAUUGACGUUAGAGGAUGGCGAGUCUCCUCGCGAAAAUGUUCCAUCGGAUUGUUUUGGUCAAUUGUUGAUGGGUUCUGACUUUAAAGAUUUAUCUUCUGUCGAAGGAGGAGUGACAUUUCACUGCAGAAAUUGCUCAACUGUUUUGACGAAGUCCAUCAAAUUCUUUGUUGAGAUGCCAUCGAGCGACUGGAGUGAAGUUGCAGACAAUUGGUUUGGAGGCUGUUGUUGUUCAUUUGGAGGAAUUGGUGAGAAACUGAUUACUAAAUAUGCAAGUUCAUAUAGUUGCACUGAAGGCAAAUGCCUAUGUCAUUCCGCAUUUGUGGUUCUCAAUGUUCACGACUUUGUUGGCUGCACAUUUCCUACCGGGGAUGAUGAUGAGAGCCAAGAAGAAACACAAGAUCCUGAUCUUGUGAACCACAUUAAUCAUGUAAAUGAAGAUUUGACAGGACAUGUAAAUGGUUUUAGUGAAAGUGGAUUAGAGUUGUGUUCAACAUCCUGUUGUCAUUCUGAAAUGACAAACAUUUCAAUUGUACAAAAAAGUAAAGAAACAGUUAACCUCCUAGUUGAUCAGAAAUCUUUCCUAAACGGUUUUAUUGGAAAUAUUUUCAUGCUUAGAUCAUCCAACAUCACAAAGAACGUACAAUGGAAAGAAUUUUCUUGCCCUAACUGUUCUUCAUUUCUCGGAGCAUUCCCAUGUAGUGACGAUUAUCGCCAAGUAUCAAUUGAUGGUGGUAUUCGGUUGUUCAAGUGUUCCGUAUCAACUUGUCAGUCUGUCAAUAGAUCAAAAGAUUUGUUUGGGAAGUAUACAUUACAAAGAAUGUUUACAAACCAGUUGCUCGAAAGUGCUAAGGAUGAAUUAUCAUUUCGAACUGUGAUCAGGAAUCUGCAAACAAUGCCCAUAGUACUGCAAUUGAUUCUAUUUAAUCCUAAUAUAUGGUAUGCUACUGGUGAUUGCACGGAUUUCGGGAGUUAUUGUGAAUCAAUUGGAAAACUUGAUAUGAUGCCUGCAAUUAAGGUGCUUUUUCAAGACUAUAGCGGUGGUUCUGAAUCCCAGCUAAGGUUGAUGGAAGAAUGGGUGAAGAAAAAUGAAGCAGAUGAAGUGUUUAUGAUGUGUCAACAACUGAAAGAGUUGAUAAGAUGCUUGGAAUUCUCAAGUGAUAUAUACCCACCAUCACAUAGUUCUCUGCAAGGUCUGUCUUUGUCAUUGUUAAGGAAAUAGAUUUGUAUUAUUUUUGACAAACCAUGGUUUAUGAAAGAUGGUUUAAAGCUUCAUAUGGAAUCAAUUGGUGGUUAUUAUUCUUCUUAGUUAGUCUUCCCAUCCAGAAGAUGAUGCUUUUUGAAAUGAGAUUUUGCUAAAGAUUCAGCCUUUGAUCUUAUUAAGAAUGUGAUUGAGGCCAAGAGUAAGUUAAGGGCUUGUUUGUAUUCACCUUUAGAAGGUUUUAUAACUCUUUAUUUUCUCUUUCUCUUUUCAGUUUGAUGUUAUGAAUUGUAUCA